ACAAGCAUGGCCUCCAUGCGGAGAGCAGCGUGUGGAAGCUUGAACAGGAAAUCUAACAGUGUAGUCUUCCUCUACAGUGGGAAAUCAAAGGUGCCGUCCUGCUCGGUGCAGAAAGUAUUUAUUCGGCUGAACUCAAACUUGGUCGGCUUGUUGUCACGCCGCCUGACCUUCGUAAAAGCAGAUUCAUGGAUCAAGCAAGGGAGAGAACCAUGCAGUUUGUUUCAUUUGUCAGCCACAGACAAGCAGAAGGAUUAUUACAGUAUACUUGGGGUGCCAAAAAAUGCAGAUACCAAAACCAUUAAAAAGGCAUAUUAUCAGUUGGCUAAGAAGUACCACCCUGAUAUGAACAAGAAUGACCCGGCGGCUGAGAAGAAAUUCCAGGAAGUAUCAGAAGCCUAUGAGGUUUUAAGUGACAGUUCCAAGCGACAGCAGUAUGACGCAUUUGGUGCUGCUGGAAGCCAGGCAGGCGCAGGCUUCGGUGGUGCAUCAGGUUUUGGUGGGGCUAGAGGGUUUGAAGGUUUCCAUAGCACAAUAGACCCUGAGGAACUGUUCAGGAAGAUCUUUGGUGAUAGAGGCUUCAACAUGAGUGGCUUUUCAGAAGACCAGGACUAUGCUGAGUCCAAGUUUGGGUUUGCACCAGCUUCAGAGAUUAUGAUGGAUUUGACUUUUCAAGAGGCUGCCCGUGGUGUGAACAAGGAGAUAAAUGUGAAUGUGAAAGACAUUUGUCCAAAAUGUGAUGGGAAGAAAGCUGAGCCUGGGACGAGUAGUGUCAAGUGUCAAACAUGUGGUGGUACUGGAAUGGAAACUGUUUCAACUGGUCCGUUUGUGAUGAGGACAACGUGUCGACAGUGCAAGGGGGCAAGAGUAAUCAUCAAAACCCCUUGUACAGAGUGUCAAGGCAAAGGCAAACUAAUCAUGCGUAAAAAAGUGGUGGUCCCUGUUCCUGCAGGAGUUGAAGAUGGACAGACAGUGAGAAUGCCAGUGGGAAGACAGGAAAUAUUUAUUACAUUUAGGGUUUCUAAAAGCAAUUUUUUUCGGCGGGAAGGUGCUGAUGUACAUAGUGAUGUAACCAUUAGUCUUUCACAAGCAGUACUCGGGGGAACAACCCGUAUCCCGGGCAUCUAUGAUGAUAUUUUGUUCACAAUUCCAGCUGGCACACAAUCUCACGACAGACUACGAUUGGCUGGGAAGGGAAUUAGCCGUGUAAAUAGUUACGGAUACGGAGAUCACUACGUCCAUAUAAAAAUUCGAAUUCCCAUGAAGUUGACCCCCCAGCAGAAAGCUUUGAUCCUGUCCUAUGCUGAGUUGGAAACAGAUGUCAACGGGACUGUCAGUGGGAUAACGAAAACAAAAGAUGGCAAGCAAGUCACAUCAGAUCAGGAUGGGUUGGUUGCUAGGAUACGACAUGUCGUGCAAGGCAUCGAUGACGAUGAUCCAGAAUCUAUUGUGGACAGAAACAAGUGAAGGUUUCUUCAGAACUGUUUGAAAUAAUCUACACAAGCAAAUUUGGAUCAUUUUUGUCAUUGGUGAAUUUCAUCUGUCAUGAACAGGAUUUUGAUCAGGAUCAGAAAUGUGCCAUGUACCAUGAAGCAGGAAGAUUUUGAACUGAUUCACCAGAAUCAAAGUGUUUUUAAGGAGUUGAUAUAAUGUAGGGCUGUUUAUACAGGUACAGUAUAUAUCAUGUCCUGCAGAGUGUCUGAUUGACUAUGUAUGUGUAUAUCAUGUCCUGCAGAGCGUCUGAUUCACUAUGUAUGUGUAUAUUAUGUCCUGCAAAGUGUCUGAUUCAGUAUGUUAAAUACAUAUGUGUAUGUAAAUCCAGCUGUGUAGAGCCUGCGUGCUAGUGUACAUGUUUAUUUUACGGUAAGACUCUGAUUUGGAUCUUUUAAUUACGAGCUUGUAUCCAUCUAUUCCUCCUUGACGGUUUGUACAGCUGAUUGAUUGGCAUGUCAUCAAUAACAAUGCCCACCAGAUGUGUUCCCCUUUAAACUUCAGUAGAAUGGUGACAUAAACAUAUAUCAAGGAUUCUUGACUGGCAAUUGCAGUCAGUAAGAUUUAAACAUGUGUCUCUGACUAGGAAUUUGUGGAUGUAACUAAUAACUUAGCUUAUUCAGGCUCCCAGCUGUGAGGCUCACCAGGAACCUCCUAUAGUUUAGUGGGAGAUGUUUCCUUUCCUCAGAACUGCCACUGUAAGAGUUAGAGGUCACAUAGAGGUCAUUCAGUUCACCUCAGGUCAGCCCAAACAGGCACAAAAGGUGAUAUCCAUGGAGACCAGUGAUGCAGGAUGAGAAUGUCUUGUGCCAUGUGUCUUUACAGGACUUCAGGGAAACUGGACAUGACAGAAUGUGCUGUUCGAAGUGAAAAAUAUACAGAAAAUAUAUUAAAAGAUCAUUGUAUG